AUGCUCAUUGAAGAGCAUCCAAGUAUUAAAAUUAGUUUAGCUAGUUUUCAAGAUUUAAGACCACCUAAUAUUUGUUACAAGUCAUCAACUCCACAUAAUGUUUGUGUUUGUUAUUAUCACGAAAACGUUGCUCUACUUUUAAAAUCAUUGAAUGAGCAUAUACAUGGAUUGAAAUCAAUAGAUAUUAAUUCAUUUAUUAAAUUAAUUGUCUGUGAUGAUGCUCGUGAAUCAUGUAUGUUUCGUGAAUGCAACGACUGCAGCCAUCAUUUUAAACGUAAAAUUGAAGAUCAAAUUAUAAAUUCAACGUUAUUAAUUAAAUGGACAUUAUGGUCAACCUCAUUAGAUGGUAGAGCAACAAAAGUCGAUUAUGAAGGAUCGGUUUUGGAUUGCAUAAAAAUUUUAUGCGAUAAAAUUAAACCAUUUUUAUUUCAUGCAUUCGUAAAA